AUGGCCAACUCGACGCAGCCCUGGCUCGAGGACCUCUCCGAGGAAUGGGUGCCGCAGGACACGCCCGAGCCCGUUGCGCGCAGCCCGCAGACGCCAGCACCCCCGCCGAACCCACAGAGCGUCCCCUCAAAAACAAAGAGCCGCCUGCCCCGUCUGCGCCCGUCGCCAGCGCCCCUUUCCGACACACACGGCCGCGGCAUUGGCCGGGAAUUGCGCCCGCCCAAGCAGAGGAGCAUGCUGGAAGACCGCAGCAGCCCCAGCAACACCAACCGCAACCAUGCCCCGCCAGCCACAUCACCCGACGCGCCCGCGCCCGCGCCUGCCCGUGCUGCCUCGCCGCCCUCCUUUUCGCUGUCCCAAGCCUCGGACGUGCACAACGGCACAGUCGCCCACCACACGGUCGCCAGGUCCGCCACCAAGGACCCCGCAUCACAAGACACGCCCGAGUGGCGGCGCCGGCUCGUCAAUGGCGAGGUCGGCUACGGCAACCAAACAGACCUCUUCGGCCCUACCGGCCUCGAAAACAUCUUUCAGCGCCCUGUCGGCAGCGCCUCGGACGACUCUGCGCCGCCAAAACGGCGUCUCGGAUUACUCAAAGGCCUCGCUGCCGUGCCAUCCAGUCCCCCGCCAUGGCCAGCCGUGCAGCAGAGCGACGGGCCCGACGAGCAGGAGCAAAGGCAGAAGAAGGACCAGAGAAGAGAAGCCCAAAAGGACCAGCAGGCGCGCGAAUCGCAUUCAGAAGAGUCUACGCACGACGAAAUCACACACGACCAGGACACAUCGAAUUGCUCCCAGGGACUAGCGCCCCCACACGAGACGAUGCGCACGGUAAGCGGACAGAUUGAAUUCGAAAACGAAAACUUCAGCCCCGUGUACCUGACCAUGACGGCCAAUAUGAACAUUGGCUCAUCGAUGCAACAACCACAAAACUUGAGAGGAUCCGAGCUUGCCAACCGGUUACGUCAAAUUGGGACGCCGCCUUCGAACAGUUACGGUACCAUACACGAGGAAAGCUCACUGAGCCACACACGUGGAGACUCGUCUUUUGCCAGGCUACAGGACGAGUCUUUGCCAGAAGGGCUUCCCGCUGGCACUCCGGACAUGGCAGACAUUGGGCGGCAUGUGGAGCUUCGAAGAGGCGGAUACUCGCGGGACGGUUCUUUCCACCGAAGGCCACUCAGCCCAUCUCCCGAACGAAAAUCCUUGUCUCAGAUGUCGACUGGCAAGGACACUACCGCCCACUCGAGCACAAUCGUAAAGCAGUCGCCUCAAGGCGACGCCAUAGACCCUUCCACCCCACGCCAACGACACGAAAACUUGCUGAGUCCUGACCGAGCCAGGGGUUCUGGAAGCCCUCUGAAACUGUUUGAUGCGCACGACACUUUCACGAGCAAUCGGCUCCAAAGACGGUUGAGCCAGCUCGAGUACAAGUCGGAAAAGGGCACAUCCAGCGUCAAGGAAAACACGGCCGAGGCCGCUAAGCCAUUGCCAAGACAAUCUAGAUUGACGUCGGUGGAGGAAAAGUCCAUGCAGAACAACGAUCAGGACCUUUCUAGAAAGGAUCGCCAACCAUCUGCCUACAGGAUCGGUUCCUUUGGACAAGGCCAUCUCAACCAGUACCAGUUCUCCGGCGACUUCUCAGUCAUCUCUUCAGAUGGUGAAGGCUGGGACGCCCAAGAUGAUAGCGCUCCAGAUAGGUCGCCCUCGAUCGACGUCGCACCCCCUGGCAGCCGACAGCCAUUCAAGUUCCACCUGGACGAGUCGCCGGUUCCCCGUCAGCCUUCAAAAGGCCGAAGAAAUCCAUCUGAAUACUCAGUCAAUUCAAUGCGAAAGGUCAGCCGACCAAAGUUCGUGCCACAUCGAAAAGUGUCUCCGCCCAAGGUUGAAGAGGACUCGGAAAUGGCCCACGAGUACGCAGAAGGCAAAAGAGGGCCAACCUCGCCAUUCAAAAACCCAACGCCCAAACGGAGGAGAACGAUUUGUUCAGUGGAUGACGAAGAAAACAGUGAUGAUGUAUUCAGCGAUGCGGGAGCGAGCACAAUCCACCGCCCACAUGCAGCUGCUCGACCAAUUCUUGCAAUCAAUCGAAUGGACGCACUUCCUGGUUUUCCCAGAAUCGUUGCGGAUUCCGAGACACUGGCCAAGAGACACAUUUUAAGACCCCGCAACCCUACCCCAAGCCAGCGCAGGCGCGAGGAGAUUCAGGCAGAAAUCAUGGAAGCCACAGAAGCCUUCAUCAUGUCUUCACCCAAACUCAACACCAUCCGCGAGCAGCUGGAGCCUUCCAUGAUGUCUGAUGCGGACUUUGAAAAGGCUCGGGCGAAGGCGGUUGCCAACGAGAUUGCUGCGUUUACUUUGAAGCGGCAGCAUGGUGCGCGGGACACGCACCGCAAGCGAUCCGUCACUACACAGGACUUCCUUGACGAAGCACUAAAAAUCAUGGAUUUCAUUCGUACAAAGGGACGCCCUACCAGCGGUUUGGGCAGUCUCGAGGAGACGCAAGCCGAAUCCGAGUUUAUCGAAGAUGUCAACGAACAUCCUUCGAGCUUGCUGACAGUGGAACGACCCCCAAGCAGAGAGGAUCAACCGUCAGCUUGGCAGGACCCAAAUCACCAUGCAUUGGAUCCAAGCAUCGCCAACUAUCUGCGCAAGUACCAAGAAAAGGACAACGAAAGUUUUCUAAAUACAUCCAUGAACUCGAUGAGCUAUUCUGACAUGAACGAGACACCUACAAUUAAAGGAGAGGACACGGUGACUGAAAAGGACAAGGCUCGCAUCGCAGAGAGUACAAACAAGCCUCACGAUGAGGGCGACGAGGACACCGGCCUCGGUUCUCGACCUCAGACUGCACGCACACAUUUGUCGACAGGUUCAUCAAUCGGACACACUGUCUUGACAAACAUCUCGAAGCGUUCGGAGCAUGUCGCCAACCUGGCACCUCAUGCGAUAGCGCACCUGAUUCCUCAGGAGGUAGCCGGUAUGAGUUUUGAUCGCGACAAAAACAUCUGGGUCCGUCAGAAGAGCCCCUCCAAAGAGGACCGAGUUGAACAGGAGGCGAGAAGCGCCCUGAAUGAGAGCGAGGAUGACCCUUUCGGCAACAUUCCAGAUUUGACAGUGGAGGAUACGUGCCAGCAGGAUACUAGAGCUGACUCGCCAAUUCGUCUUCAGCCUACCGCCGAGACCAUCCUGGACGAUACCGAGAAACCUCCAGAUGUGGAAGAAGCGCGUCCAGCGACCCGUGAAGGAAACGGCGUCGCGUAUACGGAAACAAGUUCGGCGCCUUCCAAGGAAUCCAAUUUUGGCUCCAGCUUUCCUAAAACCGAAACACGGGCUACCUCUUGGAGCACGCAAGUCCCGCGGCAAUUUGGUACUCGGAAGAGCUCCCAGGCGCCUACCACGUAUGCAAUCCCAGAGUCUGAAGAAGAUGAUGUUGAACACGAGAUUCGGUACAACGAGGGCCGAGGCCCUGUCCGCCCUAGCACCCAAGGUCCACGUGUGAGAGACAUCACCAUCUCGAUUGCCGAGCGACCGGUACCUAACCUAGAGCAACGAUCUGAAGACACGCCACAAAGACCCCGUCAGAAUCAGUGGGGGCCGUCAAGUGCGCAAAAGAGAUCAGAGAAGAAGCAAUCAGCCUGGGCACAGUCAAACCAGAGCAGAGCUUUAUCCCAUGGACGGUCCGGCCGGCUGCCAGUUUUCAACAGUGACGGUGAUUUGUCGAUUCUAGACGAUGCUCCGACUAGGAAUUAUCGCAUGCAACUAUCCAUGAACGUAGCAGGACCUCCAUUCCGGGACAGUGGGCGAGAUGCACUGCUUGCAGCACCAUCAUCGCCUGUAAAGGGAGAUGUGACUUUUAUGCUCAGCGACCUGCCCGAGUUCACUCUCAAUCAGGUUGACGAGUUUGAUCUCCCAGACCGGGUUGUCGUGAAGCACGACGGCAGCCGCUUCACCAAAGCGUUGGAAGAUCGCUAUGCACAAGGAACUGCCGAACUAGUAAAGGCACUUCAAGAUGUCGAGCCAGACGAACCGUACUGGGAAGACCUUCGCACCGUCAAUCUCCGAAAGAAGGAUCUUACUACCCUGCAUCGCCUCGACGAGCUUUGCUACCAGCUCGAGGAGCUCGAUGUCUCAAGCAACAAGAUCCACCAGGUAGAGGGCAUUCCUUAUGGCAUGCGACGGCUACACGCGCAAAACAACUGUUUGACUGGACUCACUUCGUGGACAAAUCUCGUCAAUCUACAGCAUCUUGAUAUAUCUGGCAACCAGAUUGACGCUCUCGACGGACUCGCUGACUUGAUACAUUUGCGAGUACUCAAAGUCGACAACAACAAGAUCAAGUCUCUCAGCGGCAUCCUCCAUCUCGACGGCCUCAUGGAGCUGAGUGCUGGUGGUAAUGAGAUUGACACGAUUGACUUUGCAAAGACAAACCUGAAAUCUCUUACAGAUCUCGAUCUGCGUAAGAAUCGAAUGCUUGAGGUCCGCAAUCUCCAUUGUCUCCCACAGCUUCAGCACCUCAACCUGGAUGACAAUGAGAUUGAGGAAUUUCCUCUUGUCGAUGCACCAGUCAAACCCUGCAAAGCUUUACGCUCGAUUCGUCUCUGUCGAAAUGGGACUACGCUGCUUGACGUUGAUCACUACUUUCCGAAACUGGAGUCGCUGUAUGUCGACGGCAACUCUUUAACACAGGUCUUGGGCCUAGAACAUCUGCGAAAUCUUCGAACCUUCUCCGCCCGCGAACAAGUUCUCGAGUCGGAAUCCGAUAUGGAGAUUUGUGCCAACAACCUGGUCAAGAAUUCAGAAGUGCGCAAUCUUUAUCUCUCACUCAACCCCACAUACGGCCUGCAGGUCUCGCAGCACUUGCUGAGCCUCCAACGAUUGGAAUUGGCCUCUAUGGGGCUCAAGGAACUUCCAGAUAACUUUGGCCAGCUCACACCGAACCUCCGGUCUAUCAACCUUAAUUUCAACUCUAUCACAGAUUUGCGACCACUGCUCAACAUUAAGCGGUUGAGCGAACUUUUCUUGGCAAGCAACAAGCUCGAGCGCCUGCGCGCAAAUGCAUUAGUCUUGGGCAAGCUCAGCACGCUUUCCAAGCUAGACUGGCGAGACAACCCUCUUACUCUGCGCUUCUAUGCUCCAGCCUCCGAGAACCGAAUCAUGUCGCUUCGACGGAAGCCUUCAGAGGAGCAGCUUAAGAAUCGCUUCCUUUUGCCCAACGGAGAGGUCGAGGCUGAUGUCCAGCAUCUCCUGCGGCUUGACUAUGAGACGCGUAUUAGGCGCCGUGUCACAGAGAUGAUGCUUGCUAAUCUCUGCAAAAACCUGAAGGAACUAGAUGGCCUGCCUUUUGACAAGGCACGCGUGCUAGUCAAAGACGACGUGUGGGAGCGCCUCUUGUUUCUUGGCGUUAUCCAGCGCAAACGGGCAGAUACCGCCGUUGAUGAUAGCGACUAA